GCGCCGCUGCCCUUCUCCCGGCCUCGCCUCGGCUCUCGCUGGGCGCGGGGCUCGGCCCCGCAGCUCGGAGGAAGAGGAAGUGGCCGCGGCCCCAAGCCGGCCGCGCUCGGAGCGGCGCGGAGCGGCGCGGAGCGGAGCGGAGCUACCCGGCCCGGCCCGGCCCCGCGGAGGCGCCUCCCCGCUCCGUGCCGCCGCCCCCGGGCUGCACGGCACAAACUUUCUGCCGGGCAGCGGGGCGGUGUGGCGGCGCGGCGCUGCCCCGGCACCUCCCUGUCGCGGAGCCGAGGGGGGAGCGGCCCCGGAGCGCGGCGCGCGGGCACGGGCGGCAGCCGGAGGAGGAGGAGGAGGAGGAAGAAGAAGCACUGUCAGUGGGGCCGGCCGUCCCCGCCCGCCGGGCAUCCUUCAGCACCGCCGGGCUGUGCUUCGCCCGCCGCCUGUCCCAGGAGCUGCUGAAAUGGGUUGUGGAUUGAACAAACUAGAGAAACAUGAUGAAAAACGACCUGGUAAUAUCUAUUCAACUUUGAAGAGGCCACAGGUAGAAACCAAGAUAGAUGUUUGCUAUGAAUAUCGAUUCCUGGACUUCACAACACUCAAUGAUACUGAGCUGCCAGGAUCAUCUGCAAUCAAGCUCUCCUCCUUGCGUGAUCUUCCAGCUCAGCUGCAAGAAUUGUACCAGCAGGGCUUCGUCUUGGCUGCUGUCCACCCUUUCGUGCAACCAACUGAUGAAAAAGAGAAAACUCCCCAGGAACAAAUCUUCAGGGCUGUGCUUAUCAAGAAAACAGAAAGAUCUCCAAAAGGAGACAUCCACAGUGAAGGAUAUGUCUUGGAGGUAGACUGCUGCUCCUCUUUAAACCAACUUUCAGACAAAAAGGAGAUACCUGAUUUUAUUAAGAAAGUUCAAGAUGCUGCAAGUCAGGGCUUGAAAUUUGUUGGAAUUAUACCACAGUACCAUUCCCAAAAGAACUGUCUUGUCAGCGCUUCACUGACACCCGCCAGUAACAACUCUGUGCAAUCAAGAGACAAUAAAAAUGUUUCAAAUGACUCCGAGGAUCACGCUUCACCGGAUGGUGAGAAAAUAGAUGGCAUUAAUGGCUGCAGUACUCCCGCACCAAGUGAGGGAAGUGCUGACCUGUGUGCCACAUCCAGGGAGGGCUGGAGCGGUGAAGGACAGGCUCCCGAGGAGCUGAAUCUCAAGUCUGUGAAGGGAAACGAAGAACAAUUUCAACAUGCGAACCCGAGUGUGACAGAAGCAGCAGACAAGCCAAAUGGACUUGGGGAGAAUGAAACACCAGCACGAUGCUUAAAACCACUUACUGGCAAAGCAGAGAUCUUCGCUCUCUUCAACAAGCCAAAAACCCCACAAAGAUGCAGCCAGUACUAUACAGUGACUAUCCCUAUGAGGAUCUCCCGGAAUGGGCAGACUGUCAACAGCUUAGAAGCAAAUUGGCUGGAGCACAUGACAGAUCACUUCAGGAAAGGAGGCUCAUUGGUAAACGCCAUCUUCAGCCUUGGAAUGGUAAAUGAUUCUUUACAUGGGACAAUGGAUGGAGUAUUUCUCUUUGAAGAUGUUGCUGUGGAAGACAGUAAAAGCAUGCAGAGCUAUGAUGCAAUUGUUGUAGAGCAGUGGACUGUCCUGAAGGGAGUCGAAGUGCAGACGGAUUAUGUUCCGCUGCUGAAUUCCCUUGCCGUGUACGGCUGGCAGCUGACGUGCGUGCUUCCUACUCCGAUUGUGAAGACAAACAGGGAGGGGAAUUUAUCUACAAAGCAAAUUGUAUUUCUUCAGAGACCUUCCUUGCCCCAGAAAGCAAAGAAGAAAGAAUCUAAGUUUCACUGGAGGUUCUCCAAAGAGGACAUGCACAACAGACAAAUGAAGAAAUCCACAAAAGCUAAACCCAGUACUGGGGAGAAGCCAGUGGCAGAGGAGAAGCGGGAAUUUGAAGUCACGGAGAACACGAGAAACUUGGAAGCGCGGAUGUCGGCAGGAGCCGGGCCUGGCCCGGAGCAGCGGCCGGGGGGUGCCCCAGACCUGGGCGGCGCGCUAGCGGGGAGCCCUCAGGCCGGGGCGCGGCCCGCCGGCUCCCACAGCGCCGGCGGGGAGGCGCCGGCCUGCCCGAGCCAGAGCGCGCCUGGCUGCCGCGCGGGCCGGCCGGCGGCGGGGGCCGGCGGCGGCGGCGGGGCCGGGCCGGGCCCGGGCUGCUCCUGCGAGUGAGAGCCGCCUCCCGGGAGGCCUGCGAGGUGCCCGCACCCGGCCAAGACGAAAGAACAGGUUUUGCUAACUGCCGUCGCUAACCCCGUUGCUCAGUCCAGCGUUUCUUUGGCACUGUGCUUACUUUGUUCCUCAGCACACCAAAAUCUUGAUGUUUCAAGUAACUGCAGGGCCUGGGCCUUUUAUCCCACAUAAAUUACUUGCAAAAUUCCAUCCGCGUUACAGGGUGGGAAGGGCCCUGUGCUCUCUCCUAGAGCUACACUUUAAAUUAAAAAGUAGGGACAGAAGACGUAGUCGGGUUUUUCUGCGACCGACCCUAGCAAACUAGGUCUGUAUCUAGGUCCGGUCAAACGUUCCACUUGGUCAGAUUUUACUCUGUAAUACUUUCUCGUCUGCGCAUCUUUGCUGGAGAAAUUACUGUGCCAUAUGUUAUUUUGUCAUUAAGCUUGUAGUGUCAUGAAAAUGGUAUUUGGGCUUAAACAGGCUGAAAUUGGAAAGCUUAGAUAAUAUGGCUGUUAUCUGUAUUUAUCUCAAAUAGCAUACUUACUGAUGAUACUCUCCUCUGAAUUUUAUUAACUCUUGCAGAUUUUUAAGCAAAUCGUUGUACCUAUUUUAAGCACACUGGGUAAACAAACCCCAUGGUAAAAUUUGUGUGAGGCAGAUGAUGCCAAUACGAAACGCAGUUUCCCAUUUGCUCACAUGUAUGUUCUCUUUGCCAGUCAACAGUCCAUCAGUAGGUGUGGGGGCUUCAGAAGACAGAAGAACAGGAAACAAAAAGAGCAGGUAAAAAUGUACUUCUUUCAGUGGCCAUCUUGACAAAAAUUGGAAUUAGAUGUUACCCCCUGACCCUUCCAGGUGAUUUUACACCACUUCCUCACAGUUACGUUUUGUGAGAAAGAAUUGAAGUUUGAGACAAAUACCAGGGGUCAGUGACCAACAAAUGUCACUAAAUAACCUUACAAAAUGCAAAUAUCUUAACAGAGGGGCUUUUUUUAUACAAGCAGCCGUAUUUUGGGACUGAUACCUAUCACAAUUCUGUACCACUGCCAACGUUUUUAUGAUUGGAGCUACAUUAAAUGUUUACCAGUGAAUGUACACGUGUAAUACAGUCUCUGUGCCAAUCUCCUCCAAGUACUUCAGUAUCCUUAAAAAUGUAGGAAGUAGUUAUUUCUCUCUUCUUAACUGCCUUUAUCCCUAUUUAGAAGUGGUCAAGUAAUCUGGUAGGAAGGUGGGAAAUACGUUCUAAAUUCCGCUGCCUUUGGUUUUUUAAAGCAAGAAGCUCUGUAAGUGAUUUGCUGUUUUUUCCCUUGACUGAUUGGUGCCUGAUAAUUUUCCUUAGACUUCAAAUCAAAAUGCUGUACAAAGAACUAUGUUCUGUAUCAGAUGCACACCUAGAACAGUUCAAAAACACCCUCCGUGCCUAAAAAUUACACAGUUGGGAGAACAUUGCAGAGAAGGGAAAAAUCAUAGCACUGUGAAUAUUCAUCUAACUGGGACAGCACCACUCAAGUUUAAACUGUUUGAUUUCACACACACAAAGCACAGCGGUAACUUCUUCAUUGAUUAAAAGAGUUUUUUAUUUUGAAUUUGGUGGUUUAAUCACAGGACUAUAAGUAACUACAAUUUCUGAUGGUAUUUUUCAGUUAUUUAAUUCUGUUUCUUGAGAUUAGGCUGGCAUUCCAAUAGCCUCAAAAGUAAGUUGUUUCAGUUGUUCUACUUAAAACUGCACAGAACAGAGACUUUGUAUUUAAGUACCUGUUUGCAGACUUGAUUAGCAUAAAAUCCUUCUACUGAUGGUUUCUGUUUCAAGGACUAGCUGUGUUAUUAAUCUCGUUUAAAAAUUCACUAUAUUUAACGAACAUUUUGCUAGUAGAAAGUGUUGCUGUAGAAAGAACUCUCCAAAUACAUUUGAAUAGAAAGCAUUUCUUGGACUGCAAUUUGACCUUGUUUAACUGGAUCCCAACUGCUUACAAAACGAAAGAGAAAUAAAGGUCAUGAGGAGA